AACGGGCCAGCUGUUUUUGACAUUAAGUUAAAUAUAAAAUUAUAGGUUAUCCGACCCAUAAAAACAAACUAAAAAAAACUUUGGGGUGUUAUUACAAUAUCGGCAAAUCUGUUCGUUAUUUUAAAGCAUCUUUAUUAACAAAAACUCUGUCAUGGCGUUGAUGAAAGCCAAAGAUAUACCAGAGGGUGGGGUGGCUUUAGAUGAACUCGAAGCUACUGAGUAUGUUUGGAAUCUGGUGUUUGAUUGGGAAUCUUCAUCUGAUACCUGGGCUUUGAAAUAUGCUCCUAUGAUCCUUGGAGGUGUGAAUGCAUUGUGUGGUGUUCUGAUAAACAGGCAUUACAGAAAUAGGCUAAAGUUAGGCAGCUAUGGCUACUUUGCUUCUGUGGUUCCUAUCACUGUGAUGCCUGCGGUUUUGACUGCCCUGUUUCAUAGACAACUAAUAUCAACAGACUUGUUAUUAAUGAAGAAUCAGGGAUGUCCUCUAUGUUACGAGGUGAGGUCAGCAGCUGUCCAAUGUAGUUUGGGAACUCUGUACCCAAUGUUACUGGCCCCUACCUCUGCGUUGAUGUUUGCCAAUCGCUACUCAACAUACAGAGUUCCCAAUUUGAAUGAGGGUGCUAAGGUAAUGUUCCAAUUCUUAAGAAAAGUGACGAGACCGUACAAUAGCACCCUGACACUCAUGGUUGUAGCCCAAGUAUUAGCCUCGUCUAUAUUCACGUAUUACGAAAUGGUGAACAAUUUAACUUUAAGAGCAAAGAUUAUGGAGAUUGAAGCUAACAUGGAGAAAGAAAAGCAGUGAAUAUCUUCGUUGCUAAUGUAGAUGCAUUUUGUAUAUAGGCUAUUUUAUUAUUAAAUUGUUAUGUUUAGUCA